ACCUGGAACGCAGCGUCACUUUGAACGUCAUUUCCUAAACAUUCGUUUCCUGUUUAAGAUGGCGACGACCUUGUGUGCAAAAUUAUUACCGAAACUAGUAUGGACUCCCCUGACUCAAAGUGUCCGCCACGGCUCAAAGGCUGUGACUCGUCACAGGAAAGCUGUGCACAUUCUUAGACAGAAGCUCCUGGCGGUCACAGAGUACAUCCCCCCCAGUCAUGCAAUUCCACGAGGAGCAUAUCCAGAUAAAAACAGUCAAGUCCAGCAGGAUAGUGGCUAUGUAUUACUGUUGAAAAAGAGUUUGAAGAAGCUGUUUGAGGAGAAUAAAAUGAUUGCUGUUGUUCAGAAUAGUGCGAGCAGCGCUGAGGACAUGACCCUCCUCAAACACAGACUUUUUAAACAUGGUAUCACUGUGAAGUUUAUUCCAAACCAGGUCACACGGUCCUUUCUGAAAGACAGCAUUUAUAGCAACAUGGCUCCUUUGUUCAUCGGUCCAACAGUGUUGUUUGUUAGUAAAGAGCCAAAAGUGAAUGGGAUGUUGUCAGCUUUGAGGUCGAGCCCACAGAUGACUUUACUUGGAGCCUGCAUCGACAACAAAUUGCUGAGUGUAGAGGGCAUUAUAAACUAUUCCAAACUGCCAUCAAUGACUGUGGUCCAAGGUGAGCUGGUCAGCGGGCUGACAAUGCUGACCUCCCGCACCACCUUGCUCCUGCAGCACCACCCGGGCCACCUGUGUGCACUGCUGCAGCAGCAUAUUAAACAGCAGAGCCCAGAGACAAUCGCAGAAGGAGAUUCUACAGCUCAGGAGGCCAAGUAGAGUGUCAGAGAAAGAUUUACAAGGAAGAGACUGUGGACUAGUGCAUACUGCACAAGGAUGCCAGCAACAUUUGAAUGGUGAAAUCAGAAUUGCGCUUAUGUCAACUACAUUAUUUAAUGUGCAAAUGUACAUAAAGCACUGUUUUCACUCACUUGACAUUUGGUGAUGCUUGAAGACUGAAGGCAGACAGAACUGUAAAAAUGUUACAGACAAACCUUGACAUUAUUUUACAAUGUAACUUAAAUAAAUACCAAGAUAACUGUCUUACUUA